AUGGCUGACGGAAUGUCGUUGUCUCACACCCAACUCUCCUCCCCGUCCUCCGCCUCCGCCUCCCCCACGAAGCUUUGCUCCAAGACCUACAAGAAAGCCUCCCAACUUUACCUCACGCGACGCCUGCCGGAAUCGCUUGCUAUUCUCCAGCCGAUUAUCACCGUCUCAACACCUCCAGAUGAGCAGCUCACCAAUGGCGAUUGUUCCGCCGCGGUCGCGCCGAUCGCCACUGCUCCCAGCACGUGGAGGAUCAAGGUGUGGAACCUCUACAUCACGCUUCUCAGCGGAAUAGUAGACCUCGGCGCAGAAGAGGGCAAGAACCAAUUUGGCCAGAGAGAAUGGAAAGCGAUCGCGACCCAAGUACGCGAAGGCGGCAUCUGGGAGACCGUUGUGCAGGUCGGCUAUCGGGGCCGGGAAGGUUCCGUGGACGCAGAGGUGGUCUACAACUUGGCUACUUUAAUUCUGAAUCACUCUUCCUCCCAGUCGCUCAACCAACAACGUCUCGAGACCUAUCUGUCAUCCUACGGGCAACCAAACCUAGACCUCGCGGAUCGCCUUCGCGAUGCAUCAGAUGGGCUUCAGCAGCACCGCAUUUCUGCCGCUAAUGGCACUGAUACUCCGAAGGACCUGGCCGCUCGCGUACGGAUUAUCGAGCUGUUCACUCUGCAUGUUCUUCCCCGGAACGAAGAAUGGGAAUAUGCUCAUGAAUUCAUUAACCUGAGCGAAGUUCUGGAUGAGGAGCGCAAAGAGUUGUUUAUUCAAACACUGGAGGGGUUGAAGGAAGAGAAGGAACGAGGAGAAAUGCGUGCGGCCGAGCUACAGCGCCAGAAAGACGCCGAACUUGAGCGCCAGCGGGAUGACGAGCGUCGGCAAGCGGAGGAAGAAGCAGCCGCAGCUGCACGGACCCAAGCGAAUGCCCACAAGCGCAGUACUAGUGAUGUCGACUCCGGAAUUGAAAAGGGUAGCUCGCGCAGCUCUCACAAGGGCAAGGGAUCCAAAUCGUCAGAGAAGUCACCAAGCGGUAAAUCCAACACAAGAACAGCGCUUUCAUCGUCAGGCUCCAAAGGCUCGAAGAAGCAGGUCAAGUCAGAAUCUCGGACGGGCCAAACUCGGGCUGUGUCGACCAUGCUGCACAAUCUGUUCAAGAAAAUUAUCGAGAGCGUGUCCGGUAACCCGCUCUCAAUAGCGCGCACUUUGCUCUUUGUAAUUGGUAUCCUGAUGGCUAUGAGCCGGCAGGAUGUGCGCGAACGAGUCCGCCGGAUUACGGGCUCUGCGUGGCAGAAGGUGAAGAGUACCGUUGGGAUGGGUGUGAAGGUGAGCUAUAUCUGA